UUCUCAACUGAGUGACUUGGACAUGAGUGGCUGUGAUCUGCUAACAUCAGAAGAGAAGCUGCUCCCUUGUCUUGGAAACCCAAACUGCCGACUGGAGACACUGAAACUUAAUGGCUGUAAACUGACUGGAAGGUUUUUGGCCUUGACUCUUCAGGGGGCAAGCCCCCACCUGAGAGAGCUGGACAUCAGUGACGGCAAGCUUCAGGACUGUGAAGGAGAACUGCUCCAUCAACCACUGAAUCAAGAUUGCAAAGUCAGACUCAUCAGCUGUAGACUCAAGGACAGCUCCUCUGCAGUCGUGGCGUCAGUCUUGCAGUUUUGUGUUUCUCAACUGAGUGACUUGGACAUGAGUGGCUGUGAUCUGCUAACAUCAGAAGAGAAGCUGCCCUCUAGUCUUGGAAACCCCAGCUGCCGACUGGAGACACUGAAACUUGCCGACUGUAAGCUAACAGAGGAAUCCUGUAAGGCUGUAGCCUCUGCUCUGCAGUCAUCGUUGUCCCUGACAGAACUGGACCUCACGAACAAUGACCUGAAGGAUUCUGGUAUUCAGCUUCUCUCUGCAGGACUAAGUAGCCUUCACUGUAAACUACAGACAUUAAGACUGUCUGGUUGUCUCAUCACACACAAGGGCUGUUCUUUCUUGGCCUCUGCCCUCAAAUCAAACCCCUCCUACCUGAAACAGCUGGAUCUGAGCUACAAUCACCCAGGAGACGCAGGUGUCAGAGAGUUCACAGACAGACUGAAUGAUCCCAACUGUAAACUAGAGACUUUCAGGUAUGACCAUGGAGGAGAGUUCAGGAUUAAACCAGGACCGAGAAAAUGUGAGUGAUUUUAUUCAUUUUUCCCUGAAAAAAUACAUACACAUGAUUGUAUAUGAACACAUGGAAACAUUGAGGUGUGUGUGUGUGUGUGUGUAUGUAA